CUCAGAAGGCGGAGGCAGCUUCGGGGCCCUCGCGUCGGUUCCGCCCCGCCCCCAACUCUAUAAGAACCAGCGGCCGUAAUCUGGCUUCAGUGUUCCGGCUGAAGUAUUGCUCCGGCAGCGUCGCGUAGGUAGGAGGGGCUGAGAGCCGCUGCCUCACGAUGCCUUCAAUUAAACUGCAAAGUUCUGAUGGAGAAAUAUUUGAGGUUGAUGUUGAAAUUGCAAAGCAGUCUGUAACAAUCAAGACUAUGUUGGAAGAUUUGGGCAUGGAUGAUGAAGGGGAUGAUGAUCCUGUUCCUCUUCCAAACGUUAAUGCAGCUAUAUUAAAAAAGGUGAUCCAGUGGUGCACUCACCAUAAAGAUGAUCCACCUCCUCCUGAGGAUGACGAGAACAAAGAGAAACGAACAGAUGACAUCCCUGUGUGGGAUCAAGAAUUUCUUAAAGUAGACCAAGGAACACUCUUUGAACUUAUCCUGGCUGCAAACUACUUGGACAUCAAAGGCUUACUUGAUGUGACAUGCAAGACUGUUGCAAAUAUGAUCAAGGGAAAAACACCAGAAGAAAUUCGUAAGACCUUCAAUAUCAAGAAUGACUUUACUGAAGAGGAAGAAGCCCAGGUACGCAAAGAGAACCAGUGGUGCGAAGAGAAGUGAAGUCUUGUGCCUGACACCUAACACUGUAAGGAUCGUUCCAAAUACCAGUUGCACUGCUCUGUUUAUAAUUGUUAAUAUUAGACAAAUGCAGCAGCAAAUGAAGUUGUACUAGUAGGGUGGUGUUCUCUUUGCAUGACAUGUUUGAAUAUAGAUUUAAAUCCUAUGGUUGAGUUUUUACCAGUGUAAUCUGAUGUCUUUACUUUUCCUCUGCUCUGAAUAAAGCUAAACUAAGUGUGGACUCUGUAUGGCAAUUAGCACUGCUAGCUAGCCUUUCCAUGCUUUUAAAUGUCACCGUAACAUUAAAAUAUGUAGGAUGUCUGAAAUCUAGAACCCUUGGCACUGUAAAUAAAACCACUUGCAAAAGUUUUCUGAAACAGAA